AUGUUCGUUUUUUUAGACGAAAGUGGCUUUGAUAAGCGAAUCAUGCGAACAUAUGGCUACAAUUUGUGUGGACAGCCUGCAAAAAUAUAUCGCCGACAUACAAGCUGGAAUCCACGCAUAACCGCAAUUCCAGUGAUAUGUAUGGAAGGCCUGCUAGAUAUUGGUGUUUACCAAGGACACGUAGAUGGCGAAAUAUUUCUUGCCUUUGUCAACAAUAUCCUUGCUCCAUGCCUGCUGCCGUUUAAUGGUUUUAAUCCACGUUCUAUUGUCAUACUUGACAAUGCUGCAAUACAUCACACGCAAGACGUUAUUGAUGCUAUUAAUGCUACUGGGGCAAUGCUAAUUUUCUUGCCAGCUUAUUCGCCGGAUUUCAUGCCUUGUGAAGAGCUCUUUGCUCAGACCAAAAGCUAUAUUCGCCAAAACGACAUCGCAUGGCAAAAUUGCCCAGAUCAGGAAUUAAUGGUAUGGGAAUCAUUUCUGCAGAGUACAGAUAAAGAAAUAAGAAACUACAUACAUCACGCUGGCUACAUGUAA